AUGUCUAUGCUUCGCACUGUGCUUGUUGCGGCCCUCGCCGCAACAGAGGUCGCUGCUUCUUGCGCAUAUGGCACUCACCUGAUGCCUCGUGCUGAGGAGGGAGAAGUUCCUGUGAAUACAUUUGGCUAUAGUGGUACUAUCGGACCUGCAAGCUGGCACUUGUUGAAUACCACCACCAAUGGCGCUUGCGCAACAGGAACAAACCAGUCCCCCAUCGACAUGACAGCAGGCACCUUCACCGAGGUGCCUGGUUCUGACCUCGCCGUGACCCUUCCAGACUUCGCUGAAGGUGCCACCUUUGAGAACCUGGGCACAACCGUUGAGAUUGUCGGCGAGGGCGGCACGAUGACCCUUGCCAGCAAGAACCAGACAUUUGAGUUCCAACAGUUCCACUUCCACUUGCCCAGCGAGCACCUUGACAACGGAACCAGCAUGGCUAUGGAGAUGCACAUGGUCUUCUCCAGCGCGGACGCUCAAAUCGCCGUCAUGGGUGUCUACCUCGACAUCAACAACGCUGCCGCUGCUGCCGCACCUGCUGCCGCGGCGACCAAGCGUCAAGCCGGUAAGAACACAAAGCACACCCAAGCCCGCAGCAACAGUGAGAGAAGUGGCAAAUGUUCCGGAUCGCGCGCGUCAAACUCCCAAGUCCUUGAAGUGAUCGAUGUAGAUGAUGCUAAAGCCUCUGCUACUCCAGCCGAAGUUGCAUCAGAGAUGCUCGAGACCGUCUUCUCCUCUGUCGGCGACAUCUCAAACCCCGGAACUGCCACAAAGACACCGGCUUUCGCCAUGUCCGGUCUCGUUGCCAUGCUGUCCGAGACCACCUUCCAGAGCUACUCCGGCUCUCUCACAACUCCGCCGUGCUCCGAAGGCGUCAACUGGUUUGUCGCCACUGACACGCUCUCGGUCACCCUCGACACCUACAAGGCCGCGCGCAGCGUCAUUGGCCACAAUGCUCGCUUCGCUCAGAACGCGCCCGGUCAGGAGAACGUCCUGUCCUUGUCAGCGGCUGGCAUGAGCUCCCUGGGUUCUGCGAAACACUGA